GCCGUUUGAGUAGGUAUAAUUGUGACUUUUACUAAUAUCUUGUGUCCUACAUUAUGAAAUACUUCUUUAAUAUUUGAUAUAUUUUGAAUGUUUUAUUCUGUCUAAUACUAAAUCUAUAGGAUAAGAAUUAAGCAUGCUACAUGUAGUUCAUUACAAUUUGUAUUUCACUAGACGAUUUCAAUCGACGAAAGUAAGAAACUGCUAGAUAAUCAUAUGAUUAUACUACGCUUUGAAAUGUAGUUUUUCUAUAUUGAUUUUAUGAUUCAUCUAGCUUAAUCUUUUUGCUAAAGCUGCUUAAACUUGUAAUAAUCAUUCCAAGCUGUUCGUUUCACGUUUUUUUCAGUUUAGUAAAAAUUAUAUUUUUUAAGGUCUCCCAUCUCCUAAAAAAAGUCACUUUUUCUCAGAAUAAUCGAAAUUAAGAUAAAUGCAUUGAAAGAUAGUCCGUAAUCCGAUGUCUCAUAAAUGAGAAAAACUUUUACUCAGCACAUCGUUUUUUGAAAUGAAGUGCCAUUUGUUUGAGAGUUUUUCGAGUAAUUGAAUUUGUCAGCCUUUCUUUUUCUGCUUGAAACAUAAGAGUUUCUAAAAAAAAAAAAAAAAAGGAAUGCCAUAGGCACUGAAUUUCUAACAAAAAACCAGAUUAAAUAUAUAGACUGAGCAUCAUAGAGAAUUUUUGGAGAAGAAACGAGCUAUUUUUUACUCUUCUUUGGUGAAUAUCUUUAGCAUACGACUGACACAAAAAGUUUGAGUACGUGUCUUUCAGGCAACAAACUCCAGCUCUGUUGAUAGCAAAAGUUAUUGCUUAUUACUAGUAGACAUUGGUAGUUCAUGGUACUAAUUGAAUGCUUUUCAAGCAUAUUAGACUUAGGCCGAAAGUUGUGCAGGACAUGAUGGCGCCGAGCUUUCGCCCCCCCCCCCCCCCCUCCCGGUUCAUAUCGUUAACAACUUCAUUUUAUAGAACCUGAAUACUUUUAGUUUCGGUUAUAUGAAUUUACCAGAAAAACGUGAACAAGCAAGUACAGCUGAUUUAGCUCGAUCUACAUUAGUAACCGUAUUAAAUAAUAUUGGUUCAAUAUCAAUGAUGUGUGCUCGAACAGAAAAUGUUGAUCGAAUAUUAUUCAGUGGUAGUUUUUUACGUAUUAAUGAUUUAUCAAUGCGAAUAUUAGCUUAUGCUAUGGAUUAUUGGUCUGAUGGUCAAAUUAAAGCUAUAUUUCUUGAACAUGAAGGUUAUUUUAGUGCUGUUGGUUGUUUAAGAAAAUUUAUUCUUGAUGCAAAUGGCCAUGAAAAUGAUUUCACUCAUUCCUCACAGCAUUAA